AUGAUAAUUGAUCACAAAGCCAAAAUAAUAAUAAAAUGGCGAAGUCGAAAUAAUUCCUUUCCCGAAGAAUUUCACUCCUUGCCAAUUUUAUUAUCAUAGGGUUCAGUUUUCCCGGUGAGACCUUAUCCAGCAAUACCAGGUAAGCACAGCCUCCUGACUGGUCCUUGGAUGUUUGGUGGGCAGAGGGUUUUACUGCUCGACACUUUCGAGGAGGAAGAUCCAUAGGCGGCACAAUGCGAAGGAGUCAAGUUUUGAGCAAGGCAACGCAGCCCGUGAGAUCUGGCCUUCAACUGGCCGUCAUUUGCUUAGGAUGGUCCACGACCCGAUAAAAAGGGGAAAUGCCCGGUGAAGUCUACUGGGGUGAGCCCUUGUGGCUUUGUUAAAUUACCCUGCGGAACCAGAGAAAUACGUUAAAACCUUAAGUAAUCUAAGUCUAAGUCUAAGUCUAGGUCUAGGUCUAAGUCUAAGUCUAAGUCUAAGUCUAGGUCUAAGUCUAAGAUCAACAAGCCAAAACGUUUUCACUAGUUUUGAAAUUAGCUUUCACAAUUUCGAUUCUUUCUUUCUUUUUUGGACUCGCACUCUCAUUAGCAAGUAUUUUAUCCCCUGAAUUCGUCUCCUUCGUCUACAAAGGUCAAUCAUAUGAAUAUAACUUUUUUGAAUGCACCAGCUGCCCAUCAGAAUACGACGGAACAACUUAUUCCUGCUUAAAGCACAACGCCUGCAAAUCAUCAGAAACUGAUCUCUGCAGUAAAGCCAAAAACCUACAAAGCGGACAUGUGGUAAUAUUAGCAUUUGAGAUAACUACCACAAUUUUGAUUGUUUUACUGUUAGAAAGACUGAUUUUUAUCUUAUUCAGAAAAGGGUUUGGAAAAACAAAGUUUCUUUAUUUUUUAGCAAUUUCGAUUGGAAUUCUGCGACUCGUUGAGUUCGUGACGUAUGCUGGGCUAACUUCUGUUGGGUUCGCUUCAGAUUGUGACAACACAGAAAACAUAUGCAGCGAAAAUGGGCUAAAGCUACUGCUAGCUUCCUUUCUCGCUAGUAGCUCUGGCUCAAUUCUUGUACUUAUUUUGCUGAAAUUGAAAAGUCUAAAGCUAGAGGAAAAUAAAGAACUUGAUGGAACUGAGUAUUACAGACCUUGGUUUUAUGGAAAAAUUUUGCCUGUGAUGCUGAUUGGAGCUGGCUUCUUACUCCUCCCUCCGUGAGUAAACAAAAAAAUUUUGUUCACUCACGGAGGGGGUUAAUUUUUUUUUUUUAAAAAAUUUAUAUAUAAAUUUUAUAGAAAAAAUUUUUUUUUCGAAAUUUUAAAAAAAUCCUAAUUUGCAAAAAUUGGGAAUCAAAUAUUAAUUUAAUUUAUAAAAUUUAUGUUUUAAAACGCAAUUUGUUAAAAAUUAAACAGAAUUAGCCCGAGAUUUCAUUAUACUAAUUAUCACUUAUAUAUCAAUUUUUUUUUCAUAAAAAAUUUUUUCUAUUAAAAAAAUUUUUGUUGACUCAAGGGAGGGUGGGUUUUUGGGCAAAAAAUAGGGAUUUUUCUAAUGGUUUGGUUUACUCACAGAGGGGGGAGUUAGGAGCCAGCUUAGGGUGAAGCUGAUUCUUUUACUAUAACAUUGAAAAGCAAUACGGGACACUAACUUAUAUGAAGGAUCAAGAUGGCUGGGAAAAUAAAGAUUUCACCUGCAUAACUGGCCCAGCAUGUGGAAGCAGCACUCACUAUGCUUCUGAAGAGCGCCUAUGUACCGCAAUCACCCGUGCAAAAAAUGCAGGGUAUAUUUAUUCGUGGCUUAUCUACAUCUCUUUUAUGUGUUUCUGUCUUUGGAUGGAAAAUUUAGCAUAUAUAGUUUUAAGGAAGCAGUUUGGGUUUUCUGAAACAAAUUUCCUUUGGCCUCCUUUGUGUGUGCUAUUUGGCUUGAUAGCUAUUCUUAACUGGUUCAGCAUAUCUGAAGCCUCUUAUAAUGGUUCUUGCAAAGUUGAAGCUGGUGACGAAAAUAUUUCGUUCUGUGUCGACCAAGGCGCAACUUUUAGUAUGAUAAGUACAAUGUGCUUGUUUUUGGCUGGGAUUUUAUAUUGUGUUAUCUAUUGCCAAAUGAAAUCUGAUAAAGCAGCAGCAAGACAGAUAUUCCCAAGAGGAUCUUUAUCUAUGAAUAAAAAAGUAUUAGAUGGGUCACCAAACUGUGGGAAAACAUUAGACGAAAGCCAUGAUGAUUUCAGAAAUUCAACAUUUUACGAUGAGAGUCCUACAAAACUGGAAAGACCAAGCACAACAGAUACAGUUGAAACUGAAGGGACAGCAGCAAUCAUUGUACAAGAACUAGAUAAUGUGACAAGGGAGAGUACACCUUUGUCAUCCAGAAACAUUGCAUUACAUUACGUAAUUAAAGUUCUAAGGAUCGAACACCACACUCCCAUUAAAGGGACAGAGUCAAAAUGGUGGCGUCACAAGCAUUUCCAAGGAAAAUCCCAAAUAAACCGCUUGCCACUCUUAACUGUGCUUCUCAUCUAACGCGAUGAUUGCGCCUUUCCCUGACUCAGCUUCUGCACAUUUCCUCCUAAGGGUCAACUUACAGAAAUUCUCAGGAUAAACCCAACCAAUAAAUUCCAUGAGGAGAGAAAAUUAGAGCUAAUUUCUCUCGAACCGAAUACCAUUUUAUUUAUUUGUCACACAAAAACAACGCUGACGGAAUUGUGAAGCCUCGUCAUAACAGAAAAGCUUAUAAUUCUUAUAAAGGAAGCUUUGACGGGCACGAAAAGAACUAA